AUGGACAAGAAGGAGAAGGGUGUAGCAAAAGCAGAUUGGGAUCCCCUUGUUACCACAAUUUUUUGCAAGCUUGCUGUUGAGGAGAUCCAUGCUGGCAAUAGACCUCUAGGUGGGUUGAAUGCAAGAGGUUAUCAGAGCUUGGGUCAGAAGUUUUUGGCUCAAACAGGGAGGAAUUACACUCAAAAGCAACUCAAAAACCGUUGGGACAACCUAAAGAUCUUGUACACAUUUUGGAAAUCACUCUUGAACAAGACUGGGCUUGGGUGGAAUGCAGAAUUAGGGACAGUAUCAGCAAGUCCAGAGUUUUGGGAAGAGGCCACUAAGGGACAAAAUCAGAGAGAGAAGAAGGCGUUGUGUUUUGGUCCACCAAAUAACCUCAGAGAAUUGGAGUUUAUGUUUGAGAGGAGUCAUGUAUCGGGUCUGUCUGGAUGCAUCCCUGGUGAAGAAGGCAUAAAGGGAAAUACUGGCAGCCACAUAAAUAUCGAUGAUGAUGAUGACAAGGAUGCAGAAGGCAUGGAGGAAGAUCUUACACCCAUGAUGGCUGCUAGGAAGCAGUUGAAGCGAAAGGAAAAAUCUAGUAGCCCAAGGAAGAAUAGCCUAAAGAAGGGGAAGAAUCCUAUGGUUAGGGUCAUGACACGCAUGGUGGACGAUGUCAUUAGCUCCAACUCUGUAACCUCGAAAGCAUUGACUGGUGACUACACUCAUCAGGCAAUUAGAGAGGUGAUGAAUUUGGCAAAAGAAGCUGGAGUAGUUGAAGGGAGUGAUGAGCAUUUUAUGGCUACAAAAUUGUUUGUGAAAGCUGAAAAUCGUGAAAUGUUCCUCACUUUUGAGACAAAUGAAGGGAGGUUCAAUUGGCUCAAGAGAUGCUAUGAGGAAAGGAAGAAGUAGUUUAUCUUGUUAUUAAAGUAUCCUAUUUAUAUUGAUGUCUUCUUUCUAGAACUUCAACUUUGUGUAGUAAUGUGACAUGAGACUUGACUAUUUAUGUGUGAUGUUGCAUGAGACUUGGAUAUUUAUGUGUUAUGUUGCAUUAGACUUGGAUAUGUAUGUGUGAUGUUACAUGAGACUUGACUAUUUAUGUGUGAUGUUGCAUGAUACUUGGAUAUUUAUGUGUUAUGUUGCAUUAGACUUGGAUAUUUAUGUGUGAUGUUGCCUGAGAGUUGUAAUAAUGUGGUAUGAGACUUGCCUGUUUAUUACUCCUUCAAAAUUUGGCCAUUAUCUGAUGCUACCUAUUGCUUUGUAGAUGAGUUCAAGUGACUGUGACAACUCAAGUGAUGAUGCCUAUGCUAAAAAAUUAGAUAUUGCAUUGAAGAGGAGAAAGUUGGUUGUAGAUGCAACAAAUGUUUUUGCGCUAUACUAUGGUGAAACUUUCUUGAAGAAGGCAGC